CUGUUUUUAUUUAUUGAUUUUCCUUCUAGUAUGGGUCUUAUGUUUCUUCUUCUUUACACACCUAGUAAUUUUUUAUUGGCUGCUAGACAUUGUUAAUUUGUUAAUUUUACAUUUUAAUAAGUGAGUUAUAUUUUGUUGUUAUUGUUUUUUUUAAGGAAUACUGCACUUUGUUCUGGGAGAGAUUUACGUUACUUCAUUCACUCAGUCCCUUUGAAAGUUGCUUUUUAUCUUUGUUCAGGAAAGUUCAGAGCAGCCUUAACUCUAGAGUUAAUUUAUCCUCACUUUCAAAGCAUAACUUCUCUGAAGACUCUACCUAAUUAUGUAUUAUAACACCUCUCAACUCUGGCUUAUGGAAGCACAAACUAUUUUGAGACAUAAAUAAGCUCUAGGAAUAUUCAGCCUCCUGAUUCUCAGUAACUUUUCCUGGCUUCAUAGUUUAAAAUCCCAUCAUAUACAAAUUGGUCAUCAGUCAAAGACUCAAUAAAAAAACCCUUUCAGAUCUCCAGAUUUUCUUUCUAGGCAGCUCCCUCCUCUUCAUUACUCUGUACUAAAACUCCUAGGCAUUUCAGCCUCUCUGAACUUCUGUAUGUGUCUUAACAGUUCCUCAAGACUCUCAUCUCUGUUUUGUUCCCCUUCUCUGUGCUGUAGCCUAGAAACUGCCUUCAGGUUUCCAGGACAAUCACAGGGCUUAGCCUAUUUGUUUCCUUUCCUUCACUCAGUAUCUGCCUUGUGCUGCCUAUCAUCCAAAGUCUAUGAAUAAUUAUUUUAUUCAUUUUGCCCUGUUUUCUAAUUGUUUUUAGUAGAAGGAAAAUUCUUAUAGCAGUUAAUCCUGGAUGGAUGAAAGCAGAAAUGAUAUGUGGGGCUUUGGGGCGAAGUUGAAUAGUCUGGGCACUGAACAAUUAGAACAAUAGUUAAUAGUGCUGGAGUAGAGACUGGGAGGCCUCCCCUCGUGCCAGGCAGGGAAGAGCUUUUCUCUACUCUUGACUUUGUUGAAAUCAAAAUGUGUUUAUUUAAACACAUUUUGGUCCUCUCUAUUCCUUUACUUACUUUACCUAUGGAAAGAUUCCCCAAACCUGGUUCAUAUUUUGGGCUAGAAUAGCUGGUUUAGUGCUGUUCUCCUGCUUUCUUUUGGGAGCAAGCCCAGAGGGUGAUAUGCUGGUAUAAGAAGGGGGCACAUAACUCAGUCCCUGGGAUUCAGGGUGCUCACUGAAUCUGAAGUGCCUGGAACAUCUAACUGGAGAUGUCUUGUAGGGAGUUGUAUACAAGGGUCUGGAGCUCCAGGAGAGGUCUGGACUGCUACUUUAUAGCUGUGUGAACAAGAUUACUGGUAAGAAGGAAUUUCUUGAGGGCAGCGUCUGAAAUGAGGUCGAGAUCCCAUAAAGAUCUGCUGAACAAAUGAGUUAAUGAGUUCCUGAAUAGCCAUUGUUCCCAAUAGAAGAUAAUUCUGAACACUAGGAAAACUCAUACAUACGUAGUGAGAGAAGUUAACUACAUUAUGAAUUUAUUAUUCUGUCACUAUCACUGAUUAAUUUGCUAAUUAAAUUUUAAAUUGAUUUUUCCAUAUAAUAAUACUGGGAAUGUCUUUAGAAAUAAAAGUUGUGCUGAAAAAAAACCAGAAAAGCUUAAAAAUUUGGGGUGAGAUUAACAGCAAAUUAUUCAUUAGUUGCUAAGAAGUGGUUACACCUGUUAUUGUGAGUACAGCUAAUACUGCUCACGUUAUUCAGUCAGAGAAAUAGUAUCUAAUUACCAAGAGGUUAUAUCAAGUAACAGAAGUAGAAUGAAAGAAGUUACACGAAGGGACAGAGGAACUAGUUUUGACAUACAGGCAAGGAAAAUUGGAUACUACUGUGACUUUAUAACAUUACAAAUUUUAUUAGAGAAGAUGUUAGCAAAUUCUAUUAACAUUUAUAGAUGACCUUAAUUUCAAAAAUGUUUUGAGAUAGAAAGGAACAUGCAUUCAUUCAUGUAAUUCUGGUAUAUAAGGGGCUUUGAUCUGUUACUAAAAGAGAGAAGCAAACUGACAUAAUUUUUAUACAUAUUAAAUCAAUUUUUGUCUUCUCACUUGAGAGCUUUAAAAUAAUAAAAUGAUCAAUAUGCACAUUAGGGUGAACUCUAUUUGCUACCAAUUAUCUGUAUUGUUUAAGAAAAAACCAUUGAAAGGAAUUAAGUAAACAAACAGGUUGUGUUUCAUAUUGCAAAUCAUUUUAAUGUGACUCUUACUGAUAACUCAGACAUACGAUGGUUAAACUGAUUUUUUAAAAAAGUGUCUAUAUUGCCCAGAAUUUUAGAAUUUUAUGGAUAUAGAGAAUAGUAGGAGCUAGAGAUGUACCCAAUCUUUGGGGUAGGGGAUAAUGUCAGUAAAUCUGAUUCAUAUUUUAAUGCCACUUCUCUGUUUAGCUAAUUAGAAUAUGAGUGUUUUUUCCUUUGAAAAUGAGUUAAAAUUUUAAUGCAGCAAAAACAAUGUGAAGAAACUUGGAUUUUACCCUGACUUUGCCUGAAACUAUCUGUAGAACAUCAGAGCAUUCAAUAACCUCUCCACGGAUCAAAAAUGUUUCUGUUUAUUUAUGUAAUCAAUAUUUACUGAGUACCUAAUACAUGGCAUAGGCUGGUUUGGAUUCUGAGGAUAUGGUGAUGAGCAAGACAGAUAAAGCUUCUAUUCAAAUUGCUUACAGUCUAGUUGGAAAGGGAGAGACAAAAUAAGUACAUAAACAAAUAAUAUAAUAUCAGAAAAUGCUAAGUGCAAUGAAGAAACUAUGAGAUAACAGGAUAAGAAGUGGCAGUGGCAGUAGGCUGCAUUAGACUUGGUGGUCAAGGAAGGGUUUUCUAAGAAGGUAAUUUUUAAGCUGAGAUGAUAAGGAGAAAGCCAUUCAAAGACUUGUUAAAGGUCGCUCCAUAGUGAACAAAUAGCAAAUGCAAAAGCACUAUUCCAAGAACAAGUUUGGAAUGUUCAAAGACACACAAUAAAUAAAAGGUAGAGGAAGGCGGGUAUGACGUGAAGUUUGCAAAGUAAACACAGAUCGUUUCCACCUAUCAUAUUUUUUAUCAGCUUUGUUGAGAUAUAAUUGACUUGCAACAAAUUGCAUAUACUAGUUUCCUAAGAGUGCCAUAACAAAGAACCAUAAACUGAGUGGUUUGAAACAACAGAGAUUUUAUUUUCCUACAGCUCUAGAGGCCAGAAGUCCAAGAUCAAAUUGUCUGCAGGGCCAUGCUCCCUCUGAAGCUGCUGGUCUAGAAUGUGUUCCAGGCCUCUGCUGGAGCCUCUGGUAGUCCUUGGUUUGAGGCAACCCAAUUGCAGUCUUCACCUGGCAUUAUCCUUGUUCAUGUGUCUGUGUCCAAAUUUCCUCUUUUUUGUAAGGAGAUAUAUCCGAUCACAUUGGCCAGUGGUUUACUUUACUUCAGUAUUAUAUUAAUUAAUUUCAUUUAUAAUGAACUUAUUUCCAAAUAAGGUCACAUUCUGACAUACUACAGGUGAGAACUUCAACAUUUGAAUUUUGGGGGUACACAAUUCAACCCCUAACCUUGCAUAAAUUUUGAUGGGUUUUAACAUAUGCAUAUCCUAUAAAACCAUCAUCACAUUCAUGAUAAUGAACAUCUUUUUCACCCCCUAAAUAAUUCCUCCGCCCCUUGGAAAUCCCCCUCUCCUUCCCCUCCUUGCCUUUCGUCAUCCCCAAUCAUUAAUCUGCUUUCUGUCUUACAUUAAUUUGUAUUUUCUGGCACUUUAUAUAAACAGAAUUAUGGGGCAAGUACUCUGUUUUGGUCCAUCUUAACAAUACUAAGAUUAUAACAUAAUUAUUGAUAUUCGUGUUACUGCUGUGUCAGUAGUUUAUUUCUAUUUAUUGCUGACAAAUAUUCUAUUGCAUCUAUAUGACAUAUUUGUUUAUCACCUGUGGAUGGACAUUCAGGUUGUUUCCAGUCUGGGGCUAUUAAAAAUAAAGGUGCCAUGAAUGUUUGUGUACAAGUCCAUGUAUGGACCUAUCCUAUUAUUUCUCUUACAUACCUAGGAGUGGAGUGGCUGGAUCAUGUGGUAGGUGUAUGUUUAACUUUUGGAGAGACUUCCAUACUGAUGAACUUGUAUCGUUUUAUAUUUCCAUAGGCAUUGUAUGUGAAUUUCAGUUGCUCCAAUUCCUUGCUAACCCUUGGUGUUUCCAAUUUUAAAAUGUUAGGCAGCCUAAGAAGUGUGUAGUGCUAUGUUAUUGAGGUCUUAAUUUGCUUAUCUCUGAGACUAAUGAUGAAGAUUUUUCAUCUGUUUACUUUCCGUCUAUAUACUUUGGUGAAAUGUCUAUUCAAAACUUUGUUUAUUUAAAAAAUGGGAAAAUUUUUUUCUUAUAAUUGAGUAUAGCAAGUUCUUCAUAUAUUUUGUAUACAAGUUCUUUAUCUUAUGUAUAAUUUGCAAGUUAGUUUUCUUUCAUUUUGCUAAGAUGUCUCUGUUAUUUUGACAAUGCCUUUUGAAGAGAGAAGUUCUUAAUUCUGAUGGAGUCCAAUUUAUCAUUUUUAAAAAUGCUGUUGGUGUUACAGCUAAUAAAGUUUUGCCUGAUUCAAGUUUUGCCUAACAAAAGUUUUAUUCUGUGCUUUUCCUCUGGAAGUUUUUAAAUUUUAGUUUUUACAUUUCAUGUUAACGUUUGUAUAUAAUGCAAGAUAUGGAUUGAAGUUUUUUAUUUAAUUUAAAAAAUUAUUUAUUUUUACAUAUGGAUAACAAAUUGUUCCAGCACCAUUUGUUGAAAAUACUAUUCAUUCUCUACUUUAUUUCAUUUUCACCUUUCUUGAAAAUCAUUUGAUCACAUGUAUACAGGUUUAUUACUGGACCAUAUUCUGUUCCAAUGACCUGUCUUAACACCACUUUCUUAAUUGCCAUAGUUUUGCAAUCUUGAAAUCAGCUAGUGCAACUUCCUCUAACUUACACUUAUUUUCUCAAGUUUAUUUUGGCUGUUCUAUGUCUUUUGCAUAUGAAUAUAAAUUUUGGAAUCAGCUUGUCAGUCAUUACAAAAAAGCCUGCUGGAAUUUUCAUUGGGACUAUGUUGAAUCUAUAGAUAAAUGGGGAGAAUUGAAAUCUGAACAUUAUUGAGUAUUUUGAUUUUUGAACAUGAUACAUCUCUCCAUUUAUUUAAGUAUUCUUUAAUUUUUCUCAGCAAUAUUUUGUAGUUUUUAGUGCAUGGUUCUUACACAUCUUUUGCCAGGUAUAUCCUUAGGUAUUUCAUAUUUAUUAAUGCUACUGUAAAUAGCAAUGGUGCAAAAGUAAUUGCAUUUCUACCAUUGAAAGUAAUGCCAUUGAAAGUUUCAGUGUCAUCGAAAGUUUUCACCAUUAAUUUCUUUUUUUUUUUGAGACGGAGUUUCGCUCCUGUUACCCAGUCUGGAGUGCAAUGGCGCGAUCUCGGCUCACAGCAACCUCUGCCUCCUGGGUUCAGGCAAUUCUCCUGCCUCAGCCUCCUGAGUAGCUGGGAUUACAGGCACGCACCACCAUGCUCAGCUAUUUUUUUGUAUUUUUAGUAGAGACGGGGUUUCACCAUGUUGACCAGGAUGGUCUUGAUCUCUUGACCUGGUGAUCCACCCACCUCAGCCUCCCAAAGUGCUGGGAUUACAGGCUUGAACCACCAUGCCCGGCCUCACCAUUAAUUUCAAUGGCAAAAAUGCAAUUAUGUUUGCACCAACCUAAUAGUAUUAUUUUUUUGUUUCAAUAUCUGAUAAAUAUUUUUGAUGUCUAUAUGUAGAAAUACAAUUAAUUUUUAUAUAUUAAUCUUGUAUCUUGCAACUUUACUAAACUCAUUUAUUAGUUUAUUAGUUCUCAUAGAUUUCUAUAGAUUCAAUAAGAUUUUCCACAUAGAUGAUCAUGUUGUAUGUGAAUAAAAUCUUACUCCUUCUUUUCCCAUCUGAAUGGCUUUUUUCCCUUACCUUAUUGUAUUAACAUUGCACCUAAGUAGUGUUGAGUAGAAGCUGUGAAAGCAAACAUUGUUGCCUUUUUCCUGAUCUUAAAGGAAAUUUAUUCUGUCUUUCAAUAGUAAGUAUAUUAAUCAUAAUUUUUUUUGUUGAUGCCUUUUAUUAAGUUAGGAAGUUUUCUUCUAUUCCAAGUUUGCUGAGAAGUUUUUCAGGAAUGUAUGUUGGAUUUUGUUAAAUGCUUUUGUGAGGUUGUAUAUAUGUGUGUGUGUGUUUCCAUUGAGAUCAUCACAAGGCUUUUAUUUUCAGUCUGCUAGUAUGGUGAAUUUUCUUGAUUGAAUGCAAAGUACCCUUGCAUUCUUUUUUUUUUUUUUAAUCAUAGAAAGUUGUAUUGGCCAUCCAUAGAGUUCUCUGCAACAAAAAUAAAGUAUAUAUUUUGAAAUUUAAUUAAUUAAUUAAUUAAUUUUAAUUUUUCUUUAGAAAGGAAGGAAGAAAAGAAAGAAAAAAAAAGUGAGGGAGAGGAAGAAAGAGGAAGAAAAAGAGGGAGAGAGAAUGGGAAUAUUGCUUUAGUCUAAAAAUGGGUAUUAAUAAUGGCCGAUCAAUAUUUUGUGUAUUUAAAAUGGAGAGCUCUAUAAAGAUUUAUUAAGUUUACUUGUUCCGGAUCUGAGUUCAAGUCCUGGAUAUCCUUAUUAAUUUUCUGUCUCAUUGAGUCUAAAUCUCUUUAUGGGUCUUAUGUAUCUGGGUGUUAGGAUCGUUAGCUCUUAUUGUUGCAUUGAUCAUUUUGCCAGUAUCUCUUUGUUGCUUUGAAAUCUAUUUUAUCAGAUGCGAGAAUUGCAACUCCUGCUUUUUAUUUAUUUAUUUAUUUUUGCUCUCUAUUUGGUUGCAUUCUUGAAAUAAAUUCCACUUUGACCAUGAUGUAUUAUCCUUUUUAUAUAUUGUUUAUUUUGUUUUGUAAAAUUUUGUGAAGAGUUUUGCAUCUAUGUUCAUUUCAUGAGGGCUAGGAGUUUGUGGUUUUCUUUUUUGAUAAUGUCAUUCAUGUGAACUCUAGCUGCCUUGAGAUCCAUGGACUCCCAGGUCUAUCUCCUUAAUUUGGUGAUGCUUCUGGCCUCUACCUGGGUAAACUUUAUUGUACUAUGGGCUAGAAGCUUCUCCAGGCAAUUUCUCCCUGUUUGUUUCCCACGUCUUUUGGAUCACGUACUUUUGUUACCUGAGGUCCAAUGUGUAUAGAGACAUUAUUUUAUACAUUUUAUACUGUUUUAUAAUUAUUUUAGGUGAGAAAGUAAGUCUGGAUCAGAAGCACAAUUUAAACAUGCCUGAAUUUUUUUUAACAGUAUGAGAUCAUAUACAUUAAGGCUUUUUUAGCAAGAAAAUCAUUACCCAAAUGCAUGAUGUUUAUUAUAAUUCUAGUAACAGGCCAAGUGUCUAUCAGUUGGCCGUUACAUAUGUACACACACACACACAUACAUAAACACACACACACGUAUCUCCCAGGGAUAUGUAUAUAUAUUCACUAUAAAAUGAGUUCCUGAAUCAAUGCUUUAUACAAAGGAGGCACUAAUUCCAUUAGAAACACACAUCUAACAUUCUUCCACGUAUCAUACUCUUGUAUUAGCAUCCUGUCUGAAAUUAGGUUGGCACCCUCAUUUCCAGUUUCCCUGUUUUCAAAAUUAUCUGAUUACACAGUUCACAUUCCCAAGACUUUGGAGCCCCUGGAAUGGCCAUUUCUAGGUAUAUAUCUGUUAAACUAAAUAUGACCUGGGGAUUCCUCUAGGUUUUGCCUACAUAAAGAACUGCAACCUAACUUAGUAUGUAAACAAACUGACAUCCUAACUUAGCAGUAUACUUUUGUAACAAACUGCUCAGUUUCAGCUCAUCACAGCAGCUGAGCUUCAGGGAAUUACAGGCAGCCCGCUGAUCAGACCUUGUCCAAGUAAGGCAAGUGCUGAGCUGCAGAGGAAUCAAGCUCUUUCUGUACCUCAUUUCUACUUUCUGUCCAUAAAUGCUGCCUUCCCAUAUUGAGGAGCAGAGUUCUGUGAAUCUGCUGAUUCUAAGGGCUGCCUGACUUGACAAUCGUCCUUUGCUUAAUUAAACUGACAGAAACAAGCAAUGGGAAAGGAUUCCCUAUUCAAUAAAUGGUGCUGAGAUAACUGGCUAGCCAUAUGCAGAAGAUUGAAACUGGGUCCCUUCCCUACACUUAUAGAAAAAUCAACUCAAGAUGGAUUAAAGACUAAAAUGUAAAGUCUAAAAGUAUAAAAAUUCCUGGAGGAUAACCUUGGAAAUAUCAUUCUGGAUAUAGGAUCAGGCAAAGAUUUUCAUGACAAAGACGACAAAAGCAAUUGCAGCAGAAACAAAAAUUGACAAACGGGACCCUUAACUAAAGAGCUUCUGCAUUAUGGCCCAGAAACUUUCUCCAGGCAGUUUCUCCCUGUUUGUUGCCCAUCUCUCUAGGAUCAUGUACUUUUGUUACCUGAUGUAACAGCAAUAUAAACUAUCAACAGAAUAAACACACGAUCUAUAGAAUGGGAGAAAAUAUUUGCAAACUGUGCAUUUGACAAAGGUCUAAUAUGGAGAAUCUAUAUAGAACUUAAACAAAUGUAUAAGCAAAAACCAAAGAACCCUGUUAAAAAGUGGGCAAAAGACAUGAACAGGCGCUUUUUCAAAAGAAGAUAUAUAUGUGGCCAACAAGCAUAUGAAAAAAUGCUCAACACCAUGAAUCAUUAGAGAAGUGAUACUACCUUUUAAUAGAAACUGCAGUAAAGAGAAGUCAAGCAUGCCAAUGUCAUAUAGCAAGUAAAUGGCAGGGCCAAAAUUUUAUCCCAGUCAGCUUGACAUCCUGUCAGAUGUGGUCAUGUUCCUCAGAUAGUCAUUCUUUCAAUGUGUAAAUUUUACUUAAUAUAAAAAUCGAAAUAAAAAACAAUAAAAUAUUUUGAACUAAACAUUUUGUUCUGAAUGGCAACAGAGGCCAUUUGCUCUGGAUUUAAAUAUAAAAGUUGGCUUUGAUUUUUGGAUGAGGAGUAGUUGUAUAUAUCUUUACAUGAACACUUAGGUAAAACUUGGAGCACUUGAGCCCCAGAUAAAUUUUUAUUCCCAAGACUUACUUAGAUGAUGAAUGUUUUUUGAAUUUGGCAUUUCCCAUUCUGUAUUUAUCUUUUAUUAAUAUUAAUAAGGAAUAUAGUUAAAAGGGUAAUUUUAUUUUGAAACAGGAGAAAGGAAAAUGCAUGCUUCAAUAAUGUCAGAGUUUACAGGGAAAGAUAUUGUGAGCUUGUUUGUCUAAAUAAAUUUUAUUUGGAGUUCAGUAUGAAUUUUCAAUAGAUGUUUUUCAGAUAAGAAAGCAGUGAGUCAAAUACAAUUAGAUAAACAAGAAGAUCAGAGGGGAUUAUCCUGAAGGGUAUAAAAUGAACCAAGAGCUUUUAGUUUGGGUCAUCACAGCAUCUGCUCACCAAUGCAAAGUAAGGUAGGUGUCUAUAGUGGAAAGGCUCUGUGAAAUGAAAUGUUCUUUAGUGUUUUUUUUUCAUUUUCAUAAUUUUAUCAUUUAUUAGAAAGUGGCAAAUGCUGAAAGAUAAUUUGCUUCAAUAGGCUCUAACAUUUUAAAUUAUUGCUCCAAAUUGUUUAGUAGUAGGUGAAGGUAAGUGAACUACAUACAUAAGGAUAAGAAAAAAAUUUAUUGACUUAGAGAAACAAUUGGUUAGUUCCCUAAGGAAGGAUAUAUGAUAUGCAUAGCUUUCUUCUGUUUUCAUUUUGAUUUAAAUAUUGUUAUCAAUUUAAUGAUAUGUGUAUUAAAUCCUUUCAAUUACUGUAUUAAUGGUCAUCUUUUAUGAAAACACACUUCUGGGAAAUGUUAGAGCAAAUUCCUUUUUGAGUACCUGCAGGGGUAAUGUGCUCUGUAUUACGAGCUCUUUUUAGUUCUUUUUAGCUAAACCUCCUUUGAUAGUGUCCAACACACACACCUGCUGUAUAGUACAUUUUGCUUUCUAGAAAAAUACACGGCUUUAGUGAAGUUCCAGGAUUGUUCAUAGAUGGGCAAUUAGUUCUUUUCAUAAUAAGGGAUUUAGGGAGUAAAAACUAAUGAAGGAAAUUAGCAGAGCAGAGAGGAAAGUGUUUAUUAAGAAUGAGGCAUUGGAAGCAAAAAUAAGAGAAAAAAAAGAGGGGAAAAUAGUAAAAAAAAACAUUUAUUGGAAUAAGAAAAUAUGUUGAAAGUAGGAACAUACAUGCUUAUGCAUCUGAAGAAGGCAUCUCAUUAUUUAGGCCCUGCCUGAAGCCAUGCCUUCUAUGUUUAGGUAGCCAAUAAAUUAUUAUGAUGAUGUCAGAAUAGGCAAUUAAGUUGCAAAGAUGAGAACCCAGAUGACAAUAAGGAAGAAAUGGUGGAAGAUCACACAGGAAAGGAUUAACUAGUGCUCAUUCGUACAGUGUUGCAUAGUUAUAUGAUCUUAUUGUCGCAUAGUUAUAUGAUCUUAUUGUCGCAUAGUUAUAUGAUCUUAUUGUCGUAUAGUUAUAUGAUCUUAUACAGAGCACCAGGCGUUUCACAUGUGUUGUUCUUUUCAUGACUUUAGCAAGGGACACAGGAAAAAAUGAAGGCACAGAUAUUAAAUUGCUCAGUUGCACACAACCGCAACUAAAUCCUGAAGUAGAAUGUAGAUCACUAACUCUUACCAAUCUUAGCGCCAGAGAUCUGACACUAAUUUAUCCUACAGAAUUAUAGACUCUUGGGGCUGCAAAGACUUUCACCAUCAUCUUUGGGUUCUAAGCCUUCCUUGUAUAGAUAAGAAACUUGAGGUCCAGAAAGAGUCUGUGGGUGAAGUUUUACUAUUUGCAAUAAAGAAGUAAAGGAGAAAGAACAGUUCUUCCUUUCUUUACGCCCACAAAGUUGUACAGCUACUGCGGCUGGUAAUUUAGCACUUUCGUUUUCUACUUUUGUUAGUUUAGAGUUCUACAUUUAUAGGAGAAACUUCAAAAAAUAUAGAGUAUGACAACAGGAAAACCCAAAACAAUUUUCAUCCUACAUUUUUAAAAGCGUCAGGUGUACUUGUCACUUUCUGUUUUGCAGAUGGGGAAAUAAGACCUAAAUAGAUUAUAUAUUUUAGUCACAUUCUCCUAGAUUCAUAAAAGAACUCUGUUUCUUAAUUUUUAGACCAAUUUUUUCAUCACCAGGUCACCGUAUCUAUUUUAUAUAGAAUUAGAGAGCUAAAAGUUAAAAUAUGUGAAGUUAAUUGUUUCCUAUGGAAAAAACUCAGUAGCUGGCUGUCUAAACAAGCAAGAACUAUAAUGAUCAUGAUGGCAUGGCUGCUGUCUUUCUGAUGUCCAUGCUUCUUGGCCUUGCAUGUGGGCAAGCGAUGUCUUUCUGUGUUCCAACUGAGUAUACAAUGCACGUAGAAAGGGGAGAGUGUGCUUAUUGCCUCGCCAUCAACACCACCAUCUGUGCUGGAUAUUGUAUGACACGGGAUAUCAACGGCAAACUGUUUCUUCCCAAAUACGCUCUGUCCCAGGAUGUCUGCACAUACAGAGACUUCAUCUACAGGACUGUAGAAAUACCAGGAUGCCCACUUCAUGUUGCUCCCUAUUUUUCUUAUCCUGUUGCUUUAAGCUGUGAGUGCGGCAAGUGCAAUACUGACUAUAGUGACUGUGUACAUGAGGCCAUGAAGACAAACUACUGUACCAAACCUCAGAAGUCUUACCUGGUGGGAUUUUCUGUCUAACUUUAAUAGUGAUACAAUUUGCAAUUUGGUUAAAUGUGCUUGCCUGAAAUAAAGCUAAUAAAAAUACUAUGUUUCACAAUACCUUGUAUUCAUUUUGAGCACUAUUUAAUCCAUACCCGUACCUAACCGUCAUUCGUGAGCUUAAGGGGUUUUAGAAGAAAAGGUGAAUGAUGGGCCUCCUAAGCUCAAAGGAUAGUUUUCACGUGAACGAGCGGAGUGGAGGUAAAAUGGAAAACAGGGAUAUGAAAUGCCAAAAAGCUCGCCUCGAGCAGGCUCUCCUAACAGAGGGCCAGAAGGUUUCUAUGACUUUGAAAGUACAUGUGGGACCACUACAGAGUUAUGAAGAGAUAGUAUGUAAUCAAAAGCCGAAGGUGUCAGGGUGCUAGAGACACCCACUUCCAAGGCUAGAAGCAGGGCUGUCAUGGAGGUGGGGAAUAAGGAGCAUGUGGAAUCUACAAUGCAGUGGUUUACCCUAGUCAUUCAAAUGCACUGGAUAAAAGUCCACCAAAACUCGGAAGUCUAGGAACUAUUCUCUUUAAUUAAUUACUCUGGUGGGCCAAUUGACCUAUGAAAGUUAUACCCCCAAAAGUCAGUUUACAAAGCCUAGAAAAGAGGCCACGAUCAUUUUACAUGAGGAAGUCUAAAUCCUUCAUAGUCCUUCAAGUAAUAGGAGAUGCUUUUCAGCAUUUAUACCAAAAGCAACUGGUGCUGCUUUGACUUUUAAUAUAAUGAAAAACUCAUAUUAUUAUGAAAGGUUUUAGGGAUGGGGGAAAGUGCA